CCUCUGGUGAAGCCCAAGAUUGCUAAAAAGAGGACCAAGAAGUUCAUCCGGCACCAGUCAGACCGACAUGUCAAAAUCAAGCACAACCGGCGGAAACCCAGAGGCAUCGACAAUAGAGUGCGCAGAAGACUCAACGGCCAGAUCUUGAUGCCCAACGUUGAUUACGGGAGCAACAAGAAGACAAAGCACAUGCUGCCCCGUGGCUUCCGGAAGUUCCUAGUCCACAAUGUCAAGGAGCUUGAGGUGCUGCUGAUGUGCAAUAAAUCUUACUGUGCAGAGACUGCUCACAAUGUCUCCUCCAAGAAUCAAAAAGCCAUUGUAGAAGGAGCAGCCCAACUGGCCAUCAGAGUCACGAAUCCCAAUGCCAGACUGUGCAGCGAAGAAAAUGAAUAGACAGCUUAUGUGCAUGUCAUAUUUGUGUUAAAUAAAACCAUAAAACUAU